AUGGGUAAAGUUCACGGUUCCUUAGCUCGUGCUGGUAAAGUUAAAUCUCAAACUCCAAAAGUUGAAAAACAAGAAAAACCAAAGAAGCCACAAGGUAGAGCUUACAUGAGAUUAUUGUACACUAGAAGAUUCGUUAAUGUUACUUUAACCAAUGGUAAAAGAAAGAUGAACCCAUCUCCAGCUUCUCAAUAA